AUGAAGCUUAUUCUUGUUGUCUUAACUAUCGCCCAAAUCUAUGGCGCCUUUGCCACCAGUGCUCCUCUCCAAGAACAACGUGGUCUUAUGGAUAUUUGGGAUGUGCUGAGUCCAUGGGUAUCUCCAGUUGCACUACAUCUUGAUAAUGCUAUCGGUGGUACUAUCGCUACAGUUAACAAUAUUCAAACUACUCUUGGCAAUGCUCAUGCUGCUGUUACAGGUGCAGUUACAGAUGCUAUCCAUGGUGUAACAUCAUGGUUCGGUGGUGUAAUUCCAGCACUUGGUAAACGUGAUUUAGAAAUUGAUGCUCGUUUAAGUCUUUUAUCUGAACUUAAAUCAUUUCGAGUUAUCUUUCAACAAUCAAUUCUUGAAUUUAUUCAAACUGCUCUCAAUGGAAAUAUCGUUACUCAAGUCCGACAAUUACUUACAAAAAUAACUACUUUACUCAAAACACAUUUGAAUAUUAUCAAUACUAUGAUUACAAGUUUAAUUCCAACAAUGCAUGGUACAGUCGCAACUCAAGCUAUAACCAGCUGUUUACACGCUGUUCAAGUUAUUGAAGAAGCUAUUAAAAAUAUUCAAGCUCUUUUUUCUUCUUAA